AUGCAGUCGUACUACACCAAGCUUCUGGGGGAGCUCAACGAGCAACGCAAGAGGGACUUCUUCUGCGACUGCAGCAUUAUCGUGGAGGGGAGGAUCUUCAAAGCGCACAAAAACAUUUUGUUCGCCAACAGCGGCUAUUUCCGAGCGCUGCUGAUUCACUACAUCCAAGACAGCGGACGCCACAGCACCGCCUCUCUGGACAUCGUCACCUCGGAGGCCUUCUCCAUCAUCCUAGACUUCCUUUAUUCCGGGAAGCUAGAUCUCUGCGGGGAAAAUGUUAUCGAGGUGAUGUCUGCGGCUAGCUAUUUGCAGAUGACCGAUGUGGUCAACUUCUGCAAAACAUAUAUAAGGUCGUCGUUAGAUAUUUGCAGGAAAAUAGAGAGAGAAGCCGCUUUCUAUCAGGCUGAUAGCGGGAGCGCUAGCUCUGCGAGAGAGGGCACCUCGUACGGCUCAAAGAGCCAGUGCUCUGCCUCUGUCUCUUCCCUGCAGGAAAAGGAAAGGAUUUUGGAUUGCCAGAGAGAUCCUCCCUGCGGUGAGUGCAGCAGCUGCCAUCCCCUGGAGCUUGUGGUCAGAGACCCCACGAGCAGCGACUCUCCAGACGAUGCCAAUUCUUCGCUGCCCAAGGGGGUGGAACCCAAAGUAGAGUUUGACUCGGACGAAGUAGAGGUAGAAGUGGGUGAACGGCUGGCCGAGUAUCCGACUCCGGUGUCCCUUGAGCAGAUGGAAGAGGGGCUGCACGGCGGGCAGGCGAUGGACCUGGCCUGCAAUAACUAUCACAUGAAACAAUUCCUAGAGGCCCUGUUGCGCAACAGCUCAGCUCAGAGAAAGGAUGAUGUGGUUCAUCACUUUGUCCGGGGCUUUGAGGGUAGGCCAGAGGAUGCAGGGGUAGCCAUGAGUUCCAUGAUGGACAUUCACAGCGACUGGUAUGGUGAGGACACAGGUGAUGUGUUAGUUGUGCCAAUCAAGCUUCACAAAUGUCCGUUCUGUCCCUACACGGCUAAACAGAAAGGAAUACUAAAACGGCACAUUCGCUCUCACACAGGCGAGAGACCAUAUCCCUGUGAGACGUGCGGGAAACGUUUCACUCGGCAGGAACACCUUCGGAGUCACGCUUUAAGUGUGCAUCGAUCGAACAAGCCGAUUAUCUGUAAAGGUUGCAGGAGAACGUUCACGAGUAGCCUGUCUCAAGGAUUACGACGCUUUGGCUUGUGCGACAGCUGCACUUGCGUGACCACUACACACGAGGACUCGAUGCCCAUUAACCUCAGCCUAAUGGAACCUUCAUCAGAAGGCCAAGAGAAGGGGGAUGCGGAUAACGAUUGGCCCAUAUAUGUGGAGUCUGGAGAGGAGAACGAUCCCGCUGAUGAUGAUGAUGCCGAUGGUGAUGACAAGCAGGAAAUCCACAGGAGCUUGUCAGACCGAGAAACACUUAUGUAG